AUGACUGAAAGCAGGGAAAGCAAGGGAAUUGUGGCCGUUCCCAUGGAGAUGUCUAAGGUCAUACCAAAAUUUGAUGGGGACGAGAAGCUCUUAAAUUUGUACAUUAAAAAGUGCGAAUACGUAUUAAAUUGUUAUAAAUCGGAAUCCAGCCAGGCACAAAAUUUAUAUAUGUUUCAUGUAUUGUCGAGUAAAUUAGUAGGUAAAGCCGCUCAAUUACUGAGCGAGCGACAGGACAUAGAGUCAUGGACCGAGUUAAAAACUGUAUUAAUACAAUAUUUUGGCGAUCCACGGUCAGAAGAGUGCAUUGCAAUUGAACUCGAGACAUUAAAAAUUAACAAUAACGAAUCGUAUCUCGAUUUUUGUAACCGAAUUCAACAGGUUAAAAGUACUUUAAUUGCGAAAGUCAAUACCAUCUCAGACCUGCAUGUUAAGAAAAGUAAAAUUACGAUCUACGACAAUUUAGCGCUGAACGUUUUUCUCUAUAAUUUGCCCGAGGACCUCAUACGUAUUGUCAGACUCAAGGGCAGUUCAACACUUGAAAAUGCGCUGUCUACGGUAUUGGAGGAGGUUAACUUCCAGUUCCAGUACAAUGCUAGGAAUAAAAUGUUUAGAUCGAAUGUAAGCAAACCACAGUUAACAUCUUCACAAAAUCCGUACGUAGAAAAGUUCGGUCUCAAACCAUUUUUACCAUCAAACAAUAAUGGAGGAUUCAGAUUCGGCAGCCCGAAUCAAUUUAGAAUGCCCAGUCAUCCACAAGGGUUGAAUUCAGUACAACAAUUUAAAUUUGGGAAUCCACCUCAAGGUCAGACCCUAGGCGGAUUUAGACCGCCUACCCAAAACUUCCGUUUCGGUAUACCUAAUCAAGGACCUCAGGGUUACCGGCCGAAUUUCAAUCAGGCACCCCAAGGUUACCGACCGAAUUUCAGUCAGGCACCCCAAGGUUACCGACCGAAUUUCAGUCAGGCACCGCAACAAAGACCGGCCUUUAACCAAUCAUAUCAAAAUCAGUUCAAAUUCGGCGUACAGCCGCCACCGAAACCGUUUGAUUCCGAUGUAACUAUGCGCACAGCUUUACCAGCGUCCCGACCAAAUAAAACAUUCAAUAAUGAGAUCGAAGUAUAUACGGAAGCUGACCCUUACUGUUGUGACUAUGAUGCUUAUAACACCUACUGUGACUACGAUAACUAUGACAAUGACCCCACUCAGGUCAACGCGAUGAAUGUGACUGAAUUUCAUCACGAUCAACCCCUAAUGGACGAGUCAAAUUUUCAAAUACUAGCCUCGGACACAGCCAUGAAAUAAUAAAUUUAAAUUGCGCUAAUUUUGCAAAAUUGCCGUACAUCUAUUUACCCGAGUUAAAAGCGAGAUUCAUGAUAGAUACUGGUAGUUCGCGUUCGUUCAUCAGUCCACAUAAAGCCAAAGAAUUCUACGAACAAAAUAAAAUCGCAAUGCCAUUCGAAGUUAUCAGUACUCAUGGUAAAAGUCUUCACGACGAGGCCAUACAUAUACCUCUGCCACCGACAUUUCAAAGUGCGGAUGCUCACACAUUUUACGUGUAUAGCGUGGACAAGGACUAUGACGGCCUAAUUGGUUCAGACUUACUAGCGCAACUCGAUGCAAAUAUAGAUAUGAAACAUCAAGUUCUUAGAACACGCGACACGGAAAUUCCAUUUAUAUAUAACCCACUAAUUAACAUUAGACUCGAACCGCGAUCUGAAACACGCGUGCAAUUGCCCGUAGAUUUAUACAGUGGCACUGGCAUUAUAGAUUAUAGAGAGUUUUCAGACGGAAUCCGAAUGCCAGCUGCUCUUGUCAACUGUGUCAAUGGACAGGCGUACACGGUUAUUCAGAAUAUCUUGGAGACACCGAUCACUCUUAAAAUAAAUAAUAUUACACAAGUAACUCCGUAUGAACCU